UCACCCGGCACUGUCGUCCGACAUGGCGACCAAGAAGCUUCUUGCGGUUGCAGUCAGCAUUUGAACUCCAUUUGGCUCCACGAAAGCAGUUUGAACUGCGGCUGGAAGUGGAUGUAACAUCUUUUGUCAGUUGGGAAAUAUACACGUGGAUUGCCCACAUUUUUAUAACAGGGCUGGACAGUAGCAGACCAGAGCAUCAUGGUGGAUCCUGAGCCCAGACCAUCAGCAGCCCAGCGUCUUGGAGCCCAGGAGACUCUGGGCAUCAGCACCCUGGACCCUGGCCACAGGCCACCCACAAUGCCCCCCGGACGCCAUGUUGCCAUCACCGUCCGCAUGCUAGAUGGCACAGAUGAGGUCUUCGAUGUCUCGCAAAGAGCCUCGGGCAAGGUGCUGUUUGACUUGGUGUGUACCCACCUGAACCUCGUCGAGGGGGACUACUUCGGCCUUGAGUACGAAGAUCACAAUAAGAUGACUGUUUGGCUAGACCUCCUUAAGCCUAUUGUGAAGCAGCUGAGACGGCCCAAGCACACAGUCCUGAGAUUUGUCGUGAAGUUUUUCCCCCCAGAUCACGCCCAACUACUGGAGGAACUUACUAGGUACCUCUUCGCCCUGCAGAUCAAGCAUGAUCUUGCCUGUGGACGUCUGACCUGCAAUGACAGUAGCGCCGCCCUGCUGGUCUCCCACGUCAUCCAGUCUGAAAUUGGGGACUUUGAGGAGAGCCAGAGUCGGCAGCAUCUCCUCAACAACAGCUACAUUCCUGAACAGAUGGCUUUGAUGGACAAGAUCAUGGAGUUCCACUCGAAAAAUGUGGGUCAGACACCGGCGGAGUCGGACUACCAGCUGCUGGAAGUGGCUCGCAGGCUUGAGAUGUACGGAGUGAGACUGCACCCCGCUAAGGACCGCGAGGGCAGCAAGCUGAGCCUGUCCGUCUCGCACACUGGUGUCCUGGUCUUUCAGGGGCACACCAAGAUCAAUGCCUUUAACUGGUCUAAAGUGCGCAAAUUGAGCUUCAAAAGGAAACGAUUCCUCAUCAAGCUCAGGCCAGACCUGAAUCAGAGCUCUUAUCAGGACACUCUGGAGUUCCUGAUGGGUAGCCGGGACUGCUGUAAAGUCUUCUGGAAGAUCUGUGUGGAAUACCAUGCUUUCUUCCGCCUCUUUGAAGAGCCCAAACCCAAACCCAAGCCAGUCCUGUUCACCCGAGGCUCCUCCUUCAGAUUCAGCGGUCGAACCCAAAAGCAAGUGAUUGAUUAUGUGAAGGACUCAGAGUUUAAGAAGAUUGCGUUCGACAGGAAACACAGUAGGGUCCAAUACAGCAGCAGCCGCUUGUCUCCCCUGCCUUCGCCUCACCGCCCUCAAGUGCCAAAAGAAAACGCGAGCGGCGCCCCUGGAGACGGGCUGGGCCUCGACUCUCCACCCCGCCGCCACUGGAAGGAGUCUGUGUUGGUGAGCGCCGAGGACCCGUCCGCCUUGCGAUCCAGAGGCAGCCCUUCCAGCCAGAGGAACGGUGCACGCGGCGAGGACAGGCCGGGCCCCGGUGGAGAACCAGGCCCGGCGCGGCAGCCCCAGCCGGACCAUCUGAACACAGGGUUGGCGUCCGACAGCCCUCAUCUGUCCGCCUCCUCCGGUAACUCCCAGGGCAUGGUGAACGGGCAGAAGCCGGUCCAGCUCUUCGGUCACAGUCCGGAUGGUCGGCAGCCCUCCCCCCUCACCAGCCCCCUGCUCAAUGACGCCGGCAGCGUGCGCACCGACGAUGAAGACGAGGUUCGGAGGAAGAGGUUUCCCACCGACAGGGCCUACUUUAUUGCCAAGGAGCUGCUGACCACAGAGAGGACCUAUCUGAAAGACCUGGAGGUGGUGACAGUGUCUUUUCAGGAUGCAGUGGGUAAAGACGAGGCUACUCCAGAACCCCUGAAGAGCACCAUCUUCUCUCACUUCGACCCUCUGUACAAGUUCCACUCCGGCUUCCUCAGAGAGGUGGAGCAGAGGCUGGCCCUGUGGGAAGGGCGCUCCAAUGCCCACAUCAAAGGAGACUACCAGCGCAUUGGGGAUGUCAUGCUAAAGAACCUCCAAGGCCUUAAGCCACUGAUGGCCCACCUCCAGAAGCACUCCGAGGCCCUGGUGGAGCUGGAGAAGGCGUGCCGGGCCUCCCGCCGCCUGGAGGUGCUGGUCCGGGACUUUGAGCUGCAGAAGGUGUGCUACAUCCCACUCAACGUGUUCAUCCUCCGGCCCCUGCACCGCCUCACGCACUACAAGCAGAUCCUGGAGCGUCUGUGCAAACACUACCCAGCCACGCACGUGGACUUCAGGGACAGCAGAGCUGCUCUGGCUGACGUGUCGGAGGUGGUGGCCCAGCUCCAAGCCGGCAUGAUCAAGAUGGAGAACGUCCAGAAGCUUCUGGAGCUCAAGAAGGAUUUGAUCGGCGUCGACAAUCUAGUCACCCCGGGGAGGGAGUUCAUCAGGUUAGGCUGUCUCAGCAAGCUGUCUGGGAAAGGCCUUCAGCAGCGAAUGUUUUUUCUGUUCAACGAUGUCCUCUUGUAUACGAGUCGAGGGAUGACGGCAACCAACCAGUUCAAAGUCCACGGGCAGCUUCCUCUCCAUGGAAUGACGAUCCGGGAGAGCGAGGACGAGUGGGGUGUGCCCCAUGCCUUCACCCUGGUCGGGCAGCACCAGUCCGUAGUCGUGGCCGCAAGUUCCCUUUCUGAGAUGGAGAAGUGGAUGGAAGACAUUAAGAUGGCCAUUGACCUAGCAGGGAGUAGCAACGGUCCUACCUCUGACCUCCUUGCCAGCAGUCUGACUGAUAACAAAUCCCCAACAGAGGACUCCUGUCAGGAGGCGGAGUCUGAGGACGACCUGGCGGCGUCGCGCACCUCCCUGGAGAGGCAGGCCCCUCACCGUGGUAACACCACAGUGCACGUGUGUUGGCACAGGAACACCACCGUGUCCAUGGUGGACUUUAGUGUAGCCGUGGAGAAUCAGCUGUCAGGUAACCUGCUGAGGAAGUUCAAGAACAGCAACGGCUGGCAGAAGCUUUGGGUGGUCUUUACGAACUUCAGCCUGUUUUUCUACAAGACACACCAGGACGACUAUCCUCUGGCUAGCCUCCCUCUGUUGGGCUACUCCGUCACCAUCCCCACUGAGUCGGAAAACAUCCACAAGGACUACGUCUUCAAACUGCACUUCAAAUCCCACGUCUACUACUUCAGAUCCGAGAGCGAGUACACGUUUGAGAGGUGGAUGGAGGUGAUUCGCAGUGCCACGGUCUCUGCUAGCCACAGGCGCAGCCGGAAAGAGUCCCAUCUUUACUGAUCCAAAGAGCAGGGGCCUCUCCAUGCCUCUGGUCCCCACCCCGACCUCCCAUAAGAGUCCCGCUGGUGCCACAGCUGACGUCUCUGGACUCGGUUCAUUUCCUGUUUUCUACAUGUAUAUCUGGGACAUGUGUACAUCGAGCAGGUUCCAUGCACAAUCCUGGUGCUUUUUAAUGCUUUAAUGGUGACAUGUCCGCUGGUUUAGACUGCAUCAGAGACUGCAUUUUAAACAUUUCUACUCUGCUCCGAACCUCUUUUUGUAGGACGUCAUUUUAUACAGUUUUCUAACGGUCUGAAAACCACUUACUAUACUUCUGGUUUUACAUGUUGUCAUUGGAUUGUUUUUAUGGUGGAAAGAUGCUGAUACAGCGAUUCUGCAUUUUUAAAUUUUGUUUUCAUACCUGGUUAGAAUAUCACUUCAUUUUCAAGGUUUUUUGUGUCCUUGUUUGUUUUAUGGAGAAAAAAAUCAAAACAGAAAGCUGCUUAGAAACAAAAACAGCUUGAGUGCCAAACAUUGUCCUAGAUGAGAAGUAUUUCACCCUCUUCAGGGACCCCCAACCAUUCCAUGUAUUUGAUCUAUUCCUGAGCCAGCACACCUGAUUAGACUUGUCAGCCCAUCAUUAAGCCUUUAAUUAGUGAAUCAGCUGUGCCUCUUCAGGACUUCAGCCAAUUGUAAAAUGUCUGAGGGUCCCUGAGGAGAGGGUAGAAGACCUAGGUCCUUGACUUUACAAUGCAAUUCUGUUAUACUGUUGGUAAGGAGAAUUCAGUGUUUCAAAACAGGACACUUUUUGCUUUUAUAAGAUGUCUCUGGGAAAUAUUAGAGACCUUGUGAAAAUGUGGAUGUAAGAUCUCAGAAUAUUUUGUUGUAUUACUGACAUAACUCUAGAAGUAUAAAGUAAUCAGGGUUUUUACCAUCACCACUAACACCAAUUACUGUUGAGCAAAUAUUCCUGUUACAUGCUGAUCUUUGUUAUAAUGGACUCUUCCUAGGGUAUUCUGAAGACUAUUAUAUUCCACCCUGAAUUGUGUGAGAAAUGUGAGACAUGUUCAUAAUCUGUGUAUUAUGAAGGAAACUUUAUGGGAAAGCUUUAAAGAAUAUGUGUGAAAAAAAUAUUAACUUUCAGUUCCAAGCGUCAUAGCCCUCAAUGGACUAGGCUGCCAACUGAAAUAUAUGUAAGGAGACCUUGAUGAGAAACUUAAAUGGAUAUAUGCAUUUGAUGACAGGGUUGAUGCAAUUUAGCAUCUGAGAGGGGAAAACUUUGUUUUUUCCUUAUUGUGGGAAUGCUGUGUUUUCCCAGAAAACAGAGGGUUAUUUGGAAAUGAAAGCAAUAAAAACCUAAAUUGACA